AUGGCCCGCAGACUCAACUUUGAAAGAUCGCUCACGCCAAGCGUGACUUACGAACGCCAGAGGAGCUGUCACGACCAUGGUCAUGAAGAGGCAGCUGAAUUCCUUGGUUCAAGCGGGACCCUGCACCCUGAGCGCACGGAUGCUGAGGGGACACGCAACAAGCGCACAAAGAAUGACAGCAGCAACAAUAGCAGCGACGAAAGCGCACAUGCACGCCAUGCAGCUAGCCCAGCUGCUUUUGCCACGCCGACUGGGAAAGGGACCGGAGCGACUGAGCCAGCAACUCCAACAAACAACUCUCUGGCAAUGUUCAACUUCAAGCAGCAGCAACAAGACCAGCAGCUGUUGCUACCGCUGCCGAAAGGGAAGAUGCCUUCCCUGCCUGUCUCGCUCACAGCUGUGCGAGCCCGAAACGACACCAGAAGCCGCAGCAACAACAUCGCAGACAAGAGCCACAACAACAGCACGAACAGCAGCAGCCGUAAUUCCGCCGACAGCAGUGACGGCGGCAGUGGCAACAGCAGCAGGUCUGCAACUUCAAAGGCUUCAACACUCCCAUUGCUGGCGAGUGGAAGCAGCGUCACCUCAAGAACACCAGCAUCCCCUUCGGGAUCUACAGACCUGGUCAGCAGCGCACGAGGAAGCAGCUUGCAUGUACCUACUGGUGCGAACACCAGGCUGCCACCAAGCUCGCCUUCAAUGAACAAGCAAUCCACCGGCUACGAAGAAGAGCUGGUACAGCGGCGCCUCCCUGCCGAGGUUGCACUCCGACCCAGCUCGCCCGCCACCCUCCGCCAGUACGCCUUGCCCCUUCGGACACACCCACAGCUGCAGCUACAACAGGCCUUCGGCGCAGUGCAAGAAGAAGAGUACGAUCAACAGAAUCAACAGCAGGGGUUCGAGGAGCAGCCAUCAGGAACGGCGACAAGAACAUACCCAGGGUUGGAUGUGUACGGCUCUCACCAACUGGCUCAAGUGACCCCACUAACGACAAAGCCACCAGCACCACAGGCAACGUCCCCACUGCCGGUGUCCUCAACUGCGGCAGCUAUGACAAGUUACGCGCCCCAACACUCGCACAUGUACCAUCAGUUGCAUCACCAGCAGUGCCAACACUAUCCAACCCACAGCUCAGCCUCGAUGCACUAUGAUCUUCAGCAGCACACGCCACUGCCUCCUACUCACUUCCCAGCGGCGUGGCCUGCAGAGGAACCACUGCAGCACCUCCACACCAUCGAUGAGAUCGCGGCAUCCGAGAUUCAAGACAUUCUCUACAAGCUGCACUUGCAACACAUUUCCUUGCUGGCACAGCUGAGACAGCAGGAGGAGGCCCACCGCCAGCAUCACUGGCCUCUGUCUUCGUCAUCAACGAGACAUGACAGACCUGGGCCGACAUUGUCCUUUGGCAUGCAGCCUGCAGCCUCCACCUCCGAUGCAGACGUCGAGUGUGCGCUUAGGAUUCUCAACAUGACGCAGGAGCUCGUGUGCGCCGUGCUGUCGUCGUCUCACACAUUCACAUUUGACCAAGGCAAAGACGAACACUAA